AUGGUUCGCAAUUACGUGAGAAAGACAGGAAGAGGGAAGUAUGAAAUUGAGACAAUGGAGAGAGCGGUAAAAGAAGUGAGGGGAGGGAGAAGUAUGAGAAGCGUAGCUGCAGAAUUUGGAUUGUGUGAUAGAACACUAGCAAACUAUUGCAAGAAAUUGUCCGCUGCACCAGGUUCUACUGAUCCCUCAAAUGAAGCGGUGAUUAUUCAACCAAAUCCUAUUAUAUCUACUACAGUAAACAAUGAUCUGGUGAUUCCUGACACAUCUACUCGUGAUCCGGCGAUUCCUGGCACUUCUACCCAUGAUUUGGCAAUUCCUGGCCCAUCUACUCGUGAUCCAGUGAUUCCUGGCACUUCUACCCAUGAUUUGGCAAUUCCUGGCCCGUCUGUUCGUGAUCCAGUGAUUCCUGGCACUUCUACCCAUGAUUUGGCAAUUCCUGGCCCAUCUACUCGUGAUCCAGUGAUUCCUGGCACUUCUACCCAUGAUUUGGCAAUUCCUGGCCCAUCUACUCGUGAUCCAGUGAUUCCUGGCACUUCUACCCAUGAUUUGGCAAUUCCUGGCCCAUCUACUCGUGAUCCAGUGAUUCCUGGCACUUCUACCCAUGAUUUGGCAAUUCCUGGCCCGUCUGUUCGUGAUCCGGCGAUUCCUGGUGCUUCUACUGAAGGUACUGCUGCAACAAGCCAGUCAGCUCAACCAUGGUCGCAGUUUGGCUACGCACGGAACUGGAAGGUGUUUGAGCCAUUCCAAGAACAAAUGCUGGCUGAGUAUUUGCUCAAGGCAUCUGAUAUAUACUUUGGAUUAACGCCUAAGGAAGUUAGACGAUUUGCGUACACUUACGCUGUAGCAUGUAAUUGCAAAAUACCCCCAAGCUUG